CGUAGCCAAACACAGUCGUAAAGAACCCCUUAAGCGGGAAUGCCAAAAUUCAAAUCUUUUCUGUGAAAAAAAAAUAAUAAUAAAUAAAAAAACCAAAAAAACCAAAAGCAGAUAACAAAAUCGUCACAUUGGUCACUGGCCUCAAGAUCUCCUCUGCUUCUCAUCCAUGGAGGAAGCCAUAUCUCGAAUUCUCGCAGAACUCGAAGAGAUCCGCCAUUUCUUCGAUAACCCCACAAAUCCAAACCCCCAAUACCUCUCUGAAUCCACUCUCUUAGACCUACAAACCCUUCUUCGCCGCGCCACCAAUUCCAAUGAUUCCGAACCCCUUGACAGUUUCUUCGAAGACCUGUCGUCGAAAUCCUUGUCUCCAACCCAUCUCGUCCUUCCUAUCUCCUCUACAAUGGACUUGGGUCCCACCCAUUUGUCCCUCUUGGCCUCUAAUGUCUACCUCUCUCUGCUUCUCUCACCAAACUCCCCUGUUUUCACUCUGUUCACUCCAAUGUCGUUUCUCUCUCUCCUUCGCUCUAUUCGCCGGUAUCUCAAGCCUCGGCCCCGGGGCACGUCUGAGACUGGUGAGGGCUCUCACAAUGUUGUGGCUAAUCGGAAGAGAAAGGGUGGCAGUGGUGGCCGAGGGCGAGGCAGGGGAUCUAGGAAUAAUGCGAAAAGUUUGGGUGUCGAUGAGGGUGAGUCUGAAGAGAGUGAAUUUGAUGUUGGGAAGUUGUUCACAGUGCUUGAAAAGUUGGAAUCAGUCAUGGGUUUGAUUCAUUUGGAUAGGUUUCCUGACAGUUUGAAGUCUUUGGUACAAACGGUUGUUGAGAUUCCGGUAAUGGCAGCUGAAGUGUGUGGCAAUUCUGUUAGUUAUAACAGAAUAACUGAUUUGUGUUCGCGGGUUUUGAGUGAGGUGUUGAGGCCUGAGCAUGGAGAGCAGGCGGAUACUGCUGCUGAAGUGUUGAAGUCUUUGUCACCGUUGAUUCUUAGGUCUAAAUCGUUGGCACGGACGUUUGGUUUGGAAUUUGUGAUGCAUAGGAUGAUGGGAGUAGCAAAAAGUUCAGAUGGAGUGAAGAAAGCAGUUGUGAAUCUUCCAAGGUACUUGGUGCAGAAGGCCCCGGAGAAGACUGAGCUGAGGGCUUUAGCUGUGGAGUCGAUCAUGGAGAUUGUUAAAGUGAUGGAAUUCAAUGAUCAAAUUGGGUUUGUGGAGUAUGUGUUGAAGAUGACACAAGGAAAGGCUAGCCUUAGGCUCUUGGGGGUUGAUCUUAUUUUGAUGCUCAUGAUGUCAUUGAAGGAUCCAUUGGGUGUGGAAUUGGAUGGUGAAGUGAAGAGUGAAUGGGGUUUGAGGUGUAUGGAGGCUUUGAUACAGCGUUGUUCGGAUACUAUUGGUGGAAUCCGUGCUCGUGCUUUGUCGAAUUUGGCACAGCUGGUAGGGUUUCUGGCUGGUGAAGAUAGGAGUCGGGACGUGUUGAAAGAAGUUAUGGGGUUUGGCAAUGUGGCAGAAGAGCGAAGAGUGGAAGCUGAUAUCAAUGGCCUUUUGAGAAAAAGGUGUAUGGAUGAGAAGGCAGCAGUGAGGAAGGCUACAUUUCUUCUGAUUACCAAGUUGACAGCCCUUCUAGGUGGUGCCUUUGAUGAAGUUGUGCUCAAGACCAUUGGCAUGGCUUGUUCCGAUCCUCUUGUUAGCAUAAGGAAAGCCGCGAUUUCAGCUCUUUCUGAGGCUUUCAGAAAAUUCUCAGAUGAAAGUGUUACUACUGAGUGGCUUCAUUCAGUUCCACGUUUAAUAACUGAUAAUGAAUCCAGUAUUCAAGAAGAGUGCGAGAACUUGUUUCUAGAAUUGGUACUGGACCGAAUAUCUGGAGCUGCUUCGACUGGUUUUUUUCAAAAUGGAUCUGUUUUAAGCGAUUCAUGUCUCAAAGCUAAAAGUUCAGAAAGAGAAAUGGAGUUUUUAUUUCCUGAAGGAGUGUUGGGUCUUUUGAGAGGAAUUUGUAAUGGGGAGGUGACACCUUGGGUAAAGAAAAUUUGUGCAAGCUUGGGUAAGAAGAAACGGCUUAAGCACAAAAUUGUUUUGGCACUUCAGAAUAUUAUUAAGACAUCUGAGUCUCUCUGGUUGAGGCAAUCUAUGCCGAUAGAGAAGUGGACAGCACCACCGGGUGCUUGGUUUCUUCUAUCUGAGGUGUCAGCAUAUCUUUCAAAAGCAGUGGACUGGGAGUUCCUCCAUCAUCAUUGGCAGCUCUUUGACAAGCAUGGAGUAAGAGGGGAGGUUAAAAUUCCACUUGCGCAAGGAGAUGCACAUGCAGAGGAAGAGGGUAUAGAAUCCAAUUCUGUUGCUUGGGCUGGGGAUCGUGUUUUCCUCUUGCAAACAAUCUCUAAUGUUUCUACGGAGCUGCCUCCAGAACCUGCAGCAGAUUUGGCUCAUAACUUGCUUAAACGAAUUGAAGAGUUCAACAUGCAUUCAACUGAGGUUAAUGCUCAUGUAAAAGCACUUAGGACAUUGUGCAAGCAGAAGGCUUCAAAUCCUGAGGAGGCUGAUUCACUUGUUAUAAGAUGGGUAGACCAGCUUCUCUCUAAAGCUUCUCACAUCUUAGAAAAGUAUGUUUUAGAGGUUUCAGAAGCAAAACAAGAUGGUCGCUUUUUUACCCCACCUAGUAGAAAGGGCAAGAAAGCAGCCAGGUUGUUAUCAAAAGCAGUCACAGCAGUUUAUACAAUUGGAUCUUUGGUUAUUGUUUGUCCGUCUGUUGAUGUGAGCGCCAUUACUCCGCUAUUACACACCAUAAUCACUUCAGGCAAUUCUGAUCCCAAAUUGAACAAAUUGCCAGGCCCUUCAGUUUCUCUAAAGCAAACGGCUCCUCCUUUAUACAUUCAAGCUUGGCUGACAAUGGGGAAGAUUUGCCUUGUUGAUGGAAAACUUGCAAAGAAUUAUAUUCCUCUUUUUGUACAGGAGCUUGAAAAGAGUGAUUGUGCUGCUCUACGCAACAAUCUUGUUGUAAUGAUGGCAGAUUUUUGCGUUCGGUAUACUGCUCUGGUUGAUUGUUAUAUAGCAAAGAUCACGAAGUGUCUUUGUGAUCCAUGUGAACUUGUGAGAAGGCAGACAUUUAUCUUGCUCUCAAGAUUAUUACAGAGAGACUAUGUGAAAUGGAGAGGAGUGCUAUUCCUCAGAUUUCUUUUCUCACUUGUUGACGAAUCAGAAAAGAUAAGACAACUCGCUGAUUACCUUUUUGGGAGUAUUUUAAAAGUGAAGGCACCUCUUCUUGCUUAUAACAGUUUUGUGGAAGCCAUUUUCAUUCUGAAUGAUUGUCAUGCCCACAAUGGUCAUACUGACUCUCAGGGCUCACGAGUGGAGAGCCGGCUUUUUUCCAUCAGGGGUAGUGAUGAGAAUUCGAGAUCUAAAAGAAUGCACAUUUAUGUUUCUUUGCUGAAACAAAUGGCUCCAGAGCACCUGUUGGCCACCUUUGCAAAGUUAUGUGCAGAGAUUCUUGCUGCAGCAUCCGAUGGUAUGCUUGAUACAGAAGAUAUUACUGGACAGUCUGUUCUGCAGGAUGCUUUCCAAAUUCUUGCCUGCAAAGAGAUACGCAUCCCAACCAACCGUGGAUCAUCAUCUGACUCAGCAGAAAUUGAUGAAGAAGGCGGAGAUAGUGGAGGAGGAUCCGCAGCUGCUGCUAGAGGAAGGGCUAUGACUCAAGCAGUCAGAAAGGGCCUUAUCCAAAAUACCAUCCCCAUCUUUAUAGAGCUGAAACGGCUAUUAGAAAGCAAGAAUAGCCCCCUCAUAGGCUCCCUCAUGGAAUGCCUUAGAAUCCUUCUCAAGGACUACAAGAAUGAGAUUGAUGACAUAUUGGUUGCCGAUAAGCAGCUUCAGAAAGAGCUCAUCUAUGACAUGCAAAAGUAUGAUUCAGCAAAGACAAAAUCAACAGCGACUGAGGCUGUUGCCAAAAUGCAAAAAUCAAGCAGCAAUAAAUCGCCUGAUGUUUCUAAGGUUGCUAGUGGAAAACAUGCACAUAAUAAGUUCACCAACAAGUCAAAUGGCAAUUCAAAAUUGGCUUCAGCAAUGGCGGAUGCAGCAGCUGCAGCCACAGCUCGUUCUGUGCUAAGGGAAGUCAACAAGGGGGCAUCUACACCGCCACUCAGUUCCUUAAGUGUGCCUAAGCUCAAGUCUUGUAAUGGUGCAAGUACUUCCCAAUGUGAUCGACCAUUAAAUGUAUUGAAAUCUUUGAGUAAGAGACAUUCUUUUGACUCCGAUGAAGAAAACUGAUGCCCUAUUGGUCUAAAGCUUCAUCUAUACUUCAAUGUAAAUAUACUAUUUUUUUUUUCAAAAAGGAAAGAUAACAUUUUUGUA